AUGAGUUUCAGAGAUGGCAAUGAUUUCAUCAGUAAUGAGGAUGAAGAAGUUACAGAGAAGCUACCACUCUCUGAUGUUGGCUUUCAUGAAGAGAGUGAGCUAGUGGAAAACACUGAAGAGAUGGAAGAAGAAGAGUUAGAAGAAGAGGAGGAAGAGGAAGAUUACUAUGAAGAGGAAGAAGAAGAAGAAGAGGAAGAAGAAGAAGAAGAAGAUAUGAAUGAUAAUGAUGAUAAUCAUAGUGGCAAAGAGUUGGCAGAUGCUCCAGAGGUAAAGAAUGAGACAGCACAACAUGUGGAACAUGAUAACAUGAAAGAAACGCCUUCCUCAACUAGAGCAGCAACAACAACAACAAUAGGUGGGGCAGGAACUGUCUCUCAACAUCUACAUAACUCUCCAAGUGUCACUGCUCCCUUCACAUCGACGUUUAAUAUUUCACAAAGUAGUCAUUUUUCACAGAUGAAGGAUUCAAAAUCCCUUCACACAACCUUUCCUACCUUGGCAACAACAACAACAACAACAACAACAGCAGUAGCUGUAGCGGCGUCUAGUGUAUCGGAGCCAGUUAUGACUGCUGCUGAAACUACGAAGACUGAACCACAACGACACUCUUUUCGUUUCCUGGAUUUCUCAAACAAGUCAAAGACUGGUUCUGAAAAGCGGCAGCGUUUUUAUUCCUUGAGUGAAGAGACGGCAGCAGCAAAGAGUUUCCUCUCUAGAUUUGAGCUAUCGGUACCAACUACACGAUUUGAUGAGCAGUUGGAAGAUAUUUUGUCAACUUUGUAA